UGAAAAAGGAAACAGCCGUUGAAUGGCAGGACAGCCGAUAAUUAGGAGGGAGAAUCAGAGAGGGCAUGCCCUAUGCUAUUAGGGUUCUUCUUCUUCUUCUUCUUCUUCUUCAUUGAAGCUUAAGGUUCUCUCGGUCAUCCUUAUACAUUCUCUUUCCUUUUCAUUGCAGUUCUUUUCCCUUCCCCUUGCGUGCGUAGAAUUAGAGAUGGAAAAUGCCAUAGAGAAUGAGGAUGAAUCAGCUAAGCCACUGCUACAUCCUCCAGCCGGUGACAUGCUAAUCAAAGCACAGCCGGUUCCAGUUGAACAACUUGACCAUACUUCUCCUACCCACUCUGUCCUCGGGGACCAUGAUGAACCAAACCACCCUGAGAAUGGUAUUCUUCUUCCUUCUGCAGCUCCCAAUGUUAAUAACGUGGAGUUGAAGUCCAGUCCACAACGGUCUCAGUCUGAGAUACCUUCAAGUGAUAAAGACGUCACGUUGAAGUGUAGUCUGCAACAAUCUCAGACUGAGGCAGAUCCUCCACAAUCUCAGACCGAGGCAGCCCUCACCGAUAACAUGAUGACGGAUCCUCCACAAUCUCAGACUGGGGCAGUUGAAAAUGAUACCAAGGCAGAGCUGAGGACCGAUGCUCAACAACUUCAGACUGAGACAGUCCGCAGUGAUAAAAGCCCUGAGUUGAAGACCAAUGCUGAACAACCUCAGAGUGAGACAGUCCUCGAUGAUAAGCAUGUAGAGUUGAAAACUGGUUCUCAGCAUCAGUCUGAAGCAGCUUCCAAUGAUGACAAUAUGGAAUUGAAGACCCCACAGGCUGAGGCCGCCUAUGAUGGUAAUGCUGUGAACUUGACGUCCAGUCCAAAACAACAUCAUACUGAAGCAGCCUCCAGUGACAGAAGUGUGGAGUUGAAGGCCAGUCCGCAAAACCCUCAGGUGGAGUCAACCCCUAAUUGCAAUGGUAUGAAUUUGAGUUCUAGUCCAAAGCAACAUCCGGCUGAAGAAGCCCCCUGUGACAAAAGUAUGAAGUUGAAAUCAGCUUCAGAUGAACAACCCCAGCAAGUUUCUCCUUCCCUGACUCCUUUGGAUGAUGGAAAAAGUAUACUCAAGCCUGAAUCUGAACCCGCUACUGAGGAAAAACCUGAAGCCAAUGAAACUUUUGAUUGUAAAUCUAAAACACAUGGAAUUGAUGGCAUCGCUGUUUCAACCAGUUAUCUUGAAACGUCUAAACCUACUACAGAUGCCAAACUCGAACCUUCUGAAGUACCAGAAAAUAAAUCUAGCCAUCUUGCUUGCGUGCUUCCUAAAGAGCAAAAUGAACCUGCUACACCGCAGGCAGGACCUUCAAGCAUCAAAACUGAACUUGAUAACAAGAGAGAAUUGAAGAAUAUAAUGAAUAAAACAGAUAAAGCUACACCCCAAAGUAAUGGCAACUCAAGCUCAAAAUACUCGUUCCUUUUGGAUGAUGAUAAUGACGGUAAUGAGUCAGGAACAGAGGAGGAGCAAUGGGCAUUUAUGAAGGAGCUUGAAAAUUUCUUUAGGGAGAGGAGCAUGGAAUUCAAGCCUCCUAAGUUCUAUGGAGAGGGAUUAAAUUGUCUGAAGUUGUGGAGAGCUGUUAUGAGACUGGGUGGCUAUGAUAAGGUGACAUCAUGUAAGCUGUGGCGGCAAGUGGGAGAAUCCUUUAAACCCCCAAAGACAUGUACUACUGUUUCAUGGACAUUUCGAGGGUUUUAUGAGAAGGCACUUCUUGAUUAUGAAAGACAUAAAACAUGUGGUGAUGAGCUUAAUGUCCCCCUUAGUUCCAACUCAGAGCCCAUGAGUGUUGACAGUCAGGCACCUGGCUCGGGUAGAGCACGGAGAGAUGCUGCGGCACGUGCAAUGCAGGGUUGGCACUCACAACGUCUUCUUGGUAAUGGAGAAGUUAGUGAUCCUAUCAUUAAGGAUAAGAAUUCUCUCUCUUUGCAAAAGCGUGAAAAACAGCUUAAAAGCCUUGGUUUACUUAAACGCAAGAAACCUUCAUACAUGGAACAUGCUGUCAAAGCUGCACGCACCAAAACAUCCAAACCACAAUUGGAUGUAGAUGUGAUUGACCUUGGACCUCCAGCUGAUUGGGUGAAGAUCAAUGUACAGAGAACAAAAGAUUGCUUCGAGGUAUAUGCUUUAGUACCAGGGCUCCUUCGAGAGGAAGUGCGAGUUCAAUCAGAUCCAGCAGGACGAUUGGUUGUCAGUGGUGAACCUGAGCAUCCUGAUAAUCCCUGGGGUGUCACACCCUUCAGAAAGGUGGUUAGCUUACCCUCUAGGAUUGACCCGCAUCAAACUUCAGCUGUGGUAACCCUGCAUGGACAACUAUUUGUGCGUGUCCCAUUUGAGCAGUCGGAGUAGAUAGGAGUUUCACAAAUGUCUAACAUUGUACAAGUGGUUGUGAGGUUAGGGCGUAUAGCUAAUUUAACUGCACCUCACAUUCUCAGUUUUGAACUCUGAUGUAUGAGACUUGUAAUUGAUUAUUGUCAUUUCGCAAUAUUAUUAAUAUUUACCUAA